UGAGCAUCAUUCAUUUUCUUGACUAUAUUGAAAUCAAAUAAAGAAAAUAAAGAAAAUGAAUAUUAAUUAUAUACUCCAUAUAGAAGUCUUUGAACAAAGGACAUUAAUUUUGUAAGUUUCACAAACCAGCCAACAAACAAAAACCGGAUUAGUCAUUCCAAUAUUUAAUUCUUCUCAGAACUUUUUUCUUUUUGAAACACAAUUCUUCUCAGAACUUCUAUUCGAUGAUUUUUAACCUUAAUACGUACCAGGUCCAAGUGUCACGUCUAUCAAAGGUCGCGAUUUGAACCGUAGGUAGUAAACGAUAGGCCAUAAAAGUCUUCAGCUAGAAAUGAUAUGUUUAGUACAUUUUCAUUUUUACAUUUCACGAACAUCAAAGAGAAACGCUAGAUUACGUACUGUAUUAUAAAGUUGAAGUGCUAUUUUUUCUUAAUAACUUUUCUAAAAAAGAAAAAGAUAAUAAUGAUACAGUCAUUGAAAAAGUUGCAAUCUUCCCACUCUCUGCUAUGCUUUUGCAACCACAGUUCAAGAUUUGGCAUUUUUUUCCCUUUUCUUUUUGUUGGGUUUGUGAAAAAGUUGCAAUCUUCCUUUUCUCUGGUUAAUAUGCAUUACUUGCUUCGUAAGUUCGGCAAAAUGUAAUUUUGUCUUUAAAACAACCAGAGAGCCGACUGUUAUCAACGCAAACACUAGUGAUAUUUGUUGUGUAUACUACUUCAAAACUGAUGUUUAUAUUGAAAACAUAAAUUUUGCUAACCAGUCAGGAGAAAUUAAUGUAUAUGCAAACGUAAAACUAUGUGAUAAAAAAUUUCAAAAGAGUAUUGGAUCUAUGAUAGGUACUAAAGUUUGACAUGAAAUAAAAGAUAUACGCACUAAGGCAAAGAAAGCAAUGGUUUGGUAAAAUAAAGAAUGAGCAAUCGAAAUCGAAUAGUGUAGGGGAUGUGUUGAAUGUGGUAAUCAGUCUGUUGCAUACAGAUAUUCAGAGUCCAGUGGCAAACAAGCGGCGCCCUUAGUUUGGUAUAAUACGACAUAAUGGUUUUGCUCAGUUGCAAUAGUCCAUAAAAUAAACUGAGUUACACUUUGAAUUUCCGUACAUAUAAAUAUAUAUGUAUAUAUUCUUCUGUAUAUUUACUAGUUAAGUUAGGAGUUAUACUGAUUUUUUAAAAUUAAUAACAUUGGCUGAAGAAAAAGAUUAGAUGUACGAUCUCACGCCAAUUAGUGAUAUCAGCCUAAGGAUUGACAUUCAUAUCAAAAUAAAAUAUACAUAAGUAAAUUAUAAAUAUUAUAUAUUGGGGUUUUCUUUGAGAAAACCUAUAUGAUACCGCCUUAGUUGAUUAUAAAUUUUAACCUUAUCUUAUAGGAAAAUUAGUUAGAAACUUUAGAUUAAGUUCAGUCUCUCACGUAUGUGUAUGAAUGCAUAAUAUGAUCUAAGUUCUAUCCUCUCAGUUUCAUGAUAAUUAAUGCUUUAACAUUAUUGUUUUGGUUAUAAAAUAGGUGAUGUCGUGUAGACUGAAAAUUCUAAAAGCAUAAAAAUAUGAUUUUUGAGGUUUUUUUUAUGGUAGGUUCUUAUAUUCCAGUAGAAAUUUCACCCUAAUAACUUUCCAGUAAGGCAUUGCACGAGCACGAAGACAAUGCAUCAUACUUUUUAUAUAUGUGUUAAAGCCCAUAAUUAUAUUUCCAAAACCCACUUUGUUGUGCUACAUUGAUUUUAUAUGUACAUAAUAUCAAAACUAAUAUAACAAAUAAACCGGGAGGCUUGCAAACAUCAACAUAGACAUACAUAUAAAUGAUAGUUCGUGCAUCAUGCAUAUGUAUCUCGGUAUAAGAACACGCCAUUUAUUAAUGAACAGAAACCCACGAAACUUCCUUAUUUUAUUGAACUUUUCAAGAAGCAGAAAAAUUCAGAAGUCCAAGACCACUUUUUUCUCCUCAUUCUUCUGCUAGAGACCUGUUCCUUAUCUCUCUAGAAUUUGCUAAAAAUAUUAGGAUAUUUGUCCUAAAAUUUCUCUCUCUUUCUUUUAUCUAUCCUCGCUUCUCAGUUUUUACUACGUACCCUCUUUCAUUACGAGCUCAGAAGUCUCUGAAAUUUUAUUUUCUUCCAAAAUGGCGUUUAUGAGACUUGGCUCCAAAUCCGAAGCUUUCCAUCGCGAAGGCCAAACCUGGCUUUGCACCACAGGAUUGGUGAGUGAUGUUACCAUAGAAGUUGGAGACAUGAAGUUUCAUCUCCACAAGUUUCCAUUGCUCUCUAGAAGUGGGUUUCUUGAGAAGCUAAUCGAAGAGUCUUCAAGUGAUGAUGGAUCAAGCUGUGUUUUGAGUCUAGAUGACAUACCCGGAGGCGGCAAAACGUUCGAACUCAUAACAAAAUUUUGCUACGGUGUGAAAAUAGAGCUUACUGCAUUCAACGUUGUUAGCUUAAGAUGUGCAGCCGAGUACCUUGAGAUGACUGAUAACUACGGAGAAGGGAAUCUUGUCGGUAUGACAGAGACUUUUCUCAACGAAGUGUUUGGGAACUGGACAGACUCCAUCAAAGCUCUUCAGACAUGCGAGGAUGUAACUGAUCACGCUGAAGAUCUCCACAUCAUCUCGAGGUGUGUUGAUUCUUUAGCUAUCAAAGCUUGUGCUGACCCAAGCCUUUUCAACUGGCCCAAGAACGCAACGAGCGGACAGAACACUGAAGAUGAAUCUCAUUUGUGGAACGGAAUCUCACCGUCCGGAAAGAUGCUGCAACCAACAGGUGAAGAUUGGUGGUUUGAUGAUGCUUCUUUUCUCAACUUGUCUCUCUUCAAAAGACUCAUUACAGCUAUCGAAUCACGAGGCAUGAAGCUUGAGAACAUCUCCAUGGCGGUUAUGUACUAUACAAAGAAACAUGUUCCUCUAAUGAACAGACAAGUGACCAUGGAUGAGCAAGUGAUCGAGACACCGAACACUUCCGAAGCCGAACAAAAAGAUGCUCUAGAAGAGAUUAUCGGUUUGCUUCCGACCAAGAAAGGUGUAAACCCGACCAAGUUUCUCCUCAGGCUGCUUCAGACCGCGAUGGUGUUGCACACAAGCCAAUCCUCGAGGGAGAAUCUUGAGAGACUUAUAGGAAACCAACUUGAGCAAGCUGCUUUAGUGGAUCUUCUUAUACCAAACAUGGGAUACUCUGAAACGCUUUAUGAUGUUGAGUGCGUUCUGAGAAUGAUCGAACAGUUUGUCUCAUCGACGGAACAAGCAGGCAUCGUCCCUUCUCCUUGCAUCAUCGAAGAAGGACAUUUGGUGAAGGAUGGAGCCGAAAUGCUAACUCCUCCAACGUUAGUGGCAACUCUUGUCGACGGUUAUCUAGCUGAGGUGGCACCUGAUGUUAACUUGAAGCUGGCGAAGUUUGAAGCCAUAGCUGCUGCUGUCCCUGAUUAUGCAAGACCACUAGACGAUGGAGUAUAUCACGCAGUUGACGUGUUCUUGAAGGCACAUCCUUGGAUUACGGAUUCAGAAAGGGAGCAUAUAUGUAGACUUAUGAAUUGCCAGAAGCUCUCACUGGAAGCUAGCGCACAUGCAGCUCAGAACGAGAGGCUGCCUCUUAGGGUGAUUGUUCAGGUUCUCUUUUUCGAGCAGCUUAGGCUCAGGACAUCUAUAUCAAGCUGGUUCUUUGUCUCUGAGAAUCUAGACAACCCGGAGCACCAGAAUGGUGGCAAUGGUUGUGUACUUAAACCUAGAGGUGAGAACGUGAGGGAACGGGUUUCUGAGCUGGAGAAAGAGUGUAUUAGCAUGAAACAAGAGCUUCAGAAGCUGGUGAGGUCUAAGAGAAGCUGGAAGAAUUUCACUAGGAAGCUUAAUUUCAAGAAGAAAUCAGAAUGUUGCAAGCCUAAGGAUCAAGAAAAGCAAGCCAAUUAACAAGAACCUGUCCGCUACUAGCCUGUCCGCUGGAUCAAACUACUAGUUUUAUCUUCUCUUUUAUUAAAAUUCUUUUAAUUAGGUAAAAGAUCAGAACCUCGAUGAUCGAAUCAGAUUAGCUAUUUUUUUACUUGUUCUAGACAGUACUCUGUUUUCAAAAGUUUUCAUCUUCUCCUAUCUAUCUUGCUGAGAGAUUUGAUGGUUUUUAGCCUUUUUA